AUGUCGUGGUUAGAAAGGCGAAUUCAUAGUCUUCGGUCGACAGGAAAACUAAAUCUCCCAUCCGAAAAGGAUUUCAAUGCUCAGUUGCUCGCAGACAAGAAGUAUGUGGCCGAUGUCAAGCUUACAAAGUACCUUAAUCUCAGUCGCAUUCCAAUCACAACAUUUGAAGGAAUUCCAAAACUUCCAAAAUGCUUAGAACUUAUCGCUGAUAAUAUUUUACUUGAAUCUUUAAAGAACAUUUCUGCUUUUCCACAUUUAAGAAAAAUCUCGCUCAAGAAUUCAACAAACAUCAACAAGAAACAAUUAAACUUAUCAUUGGUUAUCGCUCUUCCUGAUUUAGUAUCUAUUAACGGUAAAAUUAUCCCAGAUUUAGUUAAAAAGAAAGCACAAAAGUAUCCUUCAUAUUCAGCACAGCUAAUUAACAAAGGCUGGAUUGCAGAAAUCCCAUGCCCAACAAGCGAAGAGCUGAAACAAAUUUGCGAACAAUAUGGCGUCGAAUAUCUUGAAGAUGAUGCUGAUUUAGAAGAGUCAGAAAAGGAGCAAGAAGCAGCAGAAAAUGAUCUUGAAUACGAUUUCGAGGAUACAAUUGCAUUCCUUCACAAAGCUCAUGAAGAUAUGCUUGUCCGUUCUCAAGCAAUCUUCGGCAUUGUCGGAGACGAAGAACCAUUUAAUACUCAACUCUCAGAACUCUUGGCAACUCAUGGAGUCAACAUUGAACCAUCAGAUUCAGAUGCUUUGAUACAUGUUGUUCAAACUCUUUGCGACUCUGCCACCCAGUAA